UCCUAAAUGAUAUCAGUUACUUGCGCAUUUUCAGCAGCUCUAAAUUUACAAAAUGAAACUCACAAUUUUUGCCUUUGCCCUUUUGGCAUCAUCCGCCUAUGCUACUGUCUUCUAUCCCGCUGCAUCGGUACCGCUUGUCCGUUAUUCUGUUCCAGCAGCACCCGUUGUUCGUUAUUCUCUGCCAGCCGCGGUGCCAGUAGCUCCUGCCGUAGUUGCUGCUCCUGUUGCCAGAACCUAUGUCCAGGCUGCAUCAGUUCCAGUGGUUCAAUAUGUUCGUCCAUUAACACCAGUUACAACAACAUUCGUACGUCCCGCCACAUACUACACUCGUACAGAUUAUUUGCGUCAUAAAUAAUUGAUUUAAUAACGAAAAUGAAAUGCGACUUUUAAAUAAAAUGCUAUUGUUGCUACAAUAACAACAAAAAUAA